AUAAUGUGAAAACCACCCCAUUUUCCCAAUUAAUCCCGUAAAUCCUAAUCGUGCAGGAAGCAAGAAACGGACCGUCUGGAUCCUCGGUCGUCGUCUCACAGCCUUAGUUUCCCGCGAAAGCCAAAUUUCAGUACCCGUUCCUUCCGACAAAUUACUGCCCAUCCAUGGGAUCACUACAAGCUCCCGAAGAGGCCGAUUGAAAUCCUUGUUUCAGAGUCGCCAUCGUGAGACGUGAACAACGAUCAAUGCGUAAUAUGAAGAAAAAAGAGAAGAAGAGCGCGUACGAAUACUGCUUCGUCUGCAAGCUAAACCACGACCAAGGGCAGCGCCAUAAGUAUUUUCCCAACCACAAAAAAUCUCUUUCUGCUUUUCUAUCUCGGUUCGAGAUCAAGCUGUCCGACGUUCGCUUUUUUCUCAAGACCCCUUUUCCCCUCUCGCCCGAGUAUUCUUCUCACAAUCGGUUCUGGUGCAUCUUUUGCGAUGUUCAAGUCAAUGAGAAUGAUAGUUCCUUCGCAUGUAGCAAUGCAAUUAAACACCUGGCCAGUGCGGAUCAUCUGAAGAAUUUAAAGCAUUUCUUCUGGAAGUGUGGUGGUGAUGUGCAACGCCUGGAUAGUUAUAGACUCUUGGAAGCUGAUGUAGCUAAGUGGGAGAAGAAGUGCAAAGUACAAAGCAUAUCUGCUUCAUCCAGUCCUGGACCUACAAAUGAUAUCCACAAUCAAGUCCAAUAUGGAAAUUUUGAUAAUUUUGGGAAUAAUAAUAUCCACUCUGUUGAAUCUAGUUCGUCAAUUAGUGUUUUGCCUUUACACAGUUAUACAAAUGAGUAUCAGGUAUCCAAUUCAUCCCAUUCAGGAUCCUCGGAUGUUUCAAAUUUGGUCUCAUUUCCACAUGACACCGCUGUUUCUUUGCAUGCUGGCUCAUGUUCUGGUGCACAUGUAUGGAGCUCAAAGAAUUUAACAUUUAGCGAGGACAACAAGCAUUACCAUCUGGAUAGUGGUAGAACAUGCACUGCUAAUGGUCAUUCCAGUGGUCAGGGGAUGUACGAGACGCAUCAGAAUGAAAGAACUGUGAACGAAGUAAGCCAUCCUGAGGGUUUCCAGACCCUCACUCGGAUUUCUAAUAUUGUUUUUGGAGAUUCUGGAGGAAAUGUUCAUUCUGGUAUGCUGCCUCCUUGGCUUGAAAACCCUGAAGAUAGUGGGUUUAAGGUUCAAAUAAGCCCAGUGGUUGGGGGUGGUGUUUCUUUGAAUGAAUCUGCAAAGUCCAAGAAACUGAACCCCAAACGGGUAGGAGCUGCAUGGGCAGAAAAAAGAAAAAUGGAGCUGGAAAUGGAGAAGAGAGGAGAAAUUGUCCAAGGCUAUGGUGACAAGAAUUGGCUUCCUAAUUUUGGUAGGGUAUGGCAAUCUGGUAGCCGUAAAGAAUCUAGAAAAGAAUUUGAGAAGGAGAAAUCAAAAUUGCUGAUGGUUGAAAAUUCACCUGAAACAAAUGUCAAUAUUCAGCCAUACAUUAGCAAACGGAUGUUUUGAUGAUGCAAUAAGGUAGUGGGAAGUUCCAAUGCGUGUCAAUAUUUUAAAGGUGAUGUUUUGAGCACUCUAUUUUCAAGGUACUUAAACCAUCAAGUGGUUAUACAUUUGAAGUAUGAGUAAAAGUUUAACACAAAGGUAUCCUAGGAUUGGUCUCAGUCAGUCUCUCAGUAUCUCUCUGCUUUUCUUGAGACUAAAAUGGUGACUAGAGGAAGGAAGCAAGAGAAUACCUAAAAAGUGAAAUUUUCCCCAUAUAAUUAUGGAUCAAUACAUUUCUAAACAAGAAGGAACAAAAACACGAAGAAAAGAAAAAGGAGGUUGAAUAUCUCUCUUCUUGCAUCUUGAAUACAAACGCAGCGAAGAGAUCGGGAGAAUGAGGAUGAUACUGCCAACCACACGAGUAUAUAAGACAACGAUUUUCAAGAGCUUCUCAUCUGGAGAAUUACUGUACGUGCACAAUCCUCGUCAAAGUUUGGUUUGGAGACACAAUUAGGCUUGGCGUUUUUUGGAAACUUCAAAGGCUGACUGAUAUUCCAUAUCUUCAUUAGUUUAUCGGCAAUAGUUCAAAUUUGUUGUAGUAAACAUGACUUUAAUUUUCUCUAAGAUAUCCGAUAUAAGAAUUUCCUGAGAUAUCAGUGGUACUUGAGAACAGGAUUUUUCUUAACCAACAUCACUUCAUCAACAUCGUACAGAGGAUUAGCUUUUGUUGGAUCACUGAUUAAUCACUCUGGGCAUUCACUAUUGAAUUUAAUUGCAAAACAGGGUUUGACCACACUGUUAAAGGCCAUGUUUUUCGUUCCCUAUUGCUACAACACUGGCUCCUUAUAUCUGCUGCUACCGAAGUUGUGAACUGAAACAAGUUUAUAUUUCUUUAAUAUGUAGCUUGAUGACAGCCUUUUGGUUUUCUUCAGCAAUGCUGGUUGGGCAAGCCGCGUGUUAAAUCUUGAUCUUAUGUAUGCAAGUUAUCAUAUUAUAACUUCCUUGUGUACUAUUUAAGUACUUUUUUAGAACAUUUUUCCCCAAAUGCCUGACCAACUUGUAUUUGGCCGGGGUUUGAUCUACGCUGUAUAAUUACUAUGCCAAACAAAUCAAGGAAAAUUUGUGUUCUUCUGACAGUAACUGGAAUUUGAUUCUUCAAAAUAUCCAUGUUCUACUUUUGCAGUGGCCAAGCAGCAGUUCCAUAUCUUCUGUCCAUCUUUUUCCAGUUACUGCCAAGAAGGUGCCCAGGGACUGAUUGCAAUCAUGUUUCUCUGUACUUCAUCUGACCAGAAAAGUGAUCUCAUCGUUGGACCACAAUGCGUUUGUCAGGGCAGAAUCUGGAUGAAUUUUUCUCAUUUCUAAUCCUGAAAAUCCAGAGCUUCCCUUUGGAGGAAAUCAAGUUUUCAUCACAAAGGAACUCCCAAGAAUACCACCUUUCGAUCAUACGGUCUGUAUCAUGUACAACUACAUCAGUGGUGUUCCCUUCUCUUGCCAUGAUAGCAGCACUGUAAAUUGUUGCCAUUCUUCCUGGUGCAUGAGGACUAUCUCCCCUUGGUCCAUCCACGACCACCACAUCCCAUUUGACUUCAUAAACUUCUUUUGGAAGAUCUGUCAAGGCAAGUUUGCACUUAGAUGAAUUCCUGAGCCCUGAGUCUGGUGCACAUGAUUUGUUUCCUCUUGCUUGCUUUAAUAACUUGGAUCAUCCUCAAGAAAAACAUUCUUUCCACCGUCAUUGACUGCUGAGAGGUUAAGGUACUGUGGUUCGAUCCCAAAGAAGAGGAGAUUGCAGGGUGCCUUUUCACCAAUCAGAUUUGAAAGAAGCUUGAAUUCCGUCUCUGAAAUAGCGGCUUCAUUUGCAGAGGUUCUAUGAUUUUCUGAGAACCCUGAUAAUGGGCGUUGAAGCUUUGGAGGCAAUGCAAUUGCUAGAAGUGGAGAAGUAUAAGAUGUGGUAAGUGCAAUCCUAACGAGUCUGAGAAUGGACAGACUAGACAGAAUCAAGACGAGAACAGGUAGGAUUUUGUUUCUUGUAAAACUCAUGCUUUUGCUUCCUCUACUGUUUCUGAAGCUUACUGAUGGAUAUGACUGCUGUGAGGGUGAGAUACUGGGGGGAGAAAGCGAUUCUGAUGGCACAAGUGAGUGGCAAUCCACCAAUUCGGGAGGCAUUUUGUUCUACUGUUGUUCGCUUUCAGCCGCAUCAGAGCCACCAUCUUAUUCUUAUUAGAGAGGCACUGGUAGGGUUGCUAGGUGCAAGUUGUUCUGCCUAAUCCCCACUUUGAGUGUGGAAUAAGAAAUGCUUUUGCUUGUUCCCAAAGCAUUGCCUUUUUGUAUUUAUCAAUUCGGCUGUGCUAAUUGUUGUGGUUACAACCUUGCAUUUGAGGAAUCAAAAGUGGCUACUGCAGAGCCUCAAAAGGGUAUAAAUUUCAAGGAGGUUGGUCAUUUCAAUCAUUGAUUUCAGAUGGUGACUUGGGGUUUCAUUGAGACAUCUGUCAUCUUUUAAGCCCGUUUGGUGGUCAUGAGUAGAGUUGAAGGUGGUUUUCCAGUAGUUGCUGGGUCAUUCUCUUCCAUUUUGACUUUCUCAAACUUUGUUGUUCUCCUCUGUGCUCUUCUUGUCAAAGGUGGAAAUACUUUGCCGUUCAUUCUUCAAAAUGACUACCAAAAAUAUGAUGAAUUCAAACCCUGGAAUGGAAGGCUGGAAAUUGAUCUUCAUUUUACUGAAUUCUGAUGCACAUUUUGUCUAAAAUAGCCAAGGAAUGGAUCAUCAGUCGCUCUUUUCCAACUGUUCACCGACCCUGUUGAAAAAGAAAGACGAUCGGCAUCACGGAGACGGUAAGCUGAGGAAGAGGGUGAAGGUAAGGCAAAAAAAAAGCCAGAAAGUUUCAACUUUUAAUUCUGUGAUAAUGAUAAACUUCAGUACAAGUAUACAAAAACUAGCCUCGACACAAUUUACACCGACUCUAUUAACUGAUGAAUUAUUUGCAGAAAUGCUUACUCAAAGCGAAGUUAGGAACUAAACAAUGGCUGAAAUUCGAGUUUAGUAGUCAUUUUCAAGGGGAAGCUUCCUGGAAAGCACCAAAGCAAAAGAUUUAACGAUAAAGAGCCAUUUGAAAAGUGACGCAAAGGGGAAAAGAAAAUUAAAUUAGAACAUCAACAACAUUAACAGUGAGCUGUUUAAUGAAGAACAGCCUUUUUUUUUUUGGUAUUAUAAAUAAUAGUCGUAGAAAAAGAAAAGAACCAGCAAUGGAAACCCAGAUUUUGUCCUGGACCAAGUCUUCAAUCAAUUAAUAGCUAAUAUUUAAUGUCAAUUUGCAGGUGUAAAAACUUUUAGGCGGAUUUUAAUAUUAUCAUAUGACGAUUGUCUGUUUGUAAUA